GUACAUUUUACAAACAGAUGCCAGUUUAGACUGAAGCAGCACCGACGCCAGAGAUUCUUUGAGAAAGAUGUUUAGACGCGCAAAACCCCCAACGCCCCCCUCUCCAAAGCUUCUACCUGGCAACUGGAGAAAGAUACCAGCAUUGGAGAAGGAUGAUUAUCUGCAGUACAUUCAUGAUUAUGAGCCAGUCCAAAAGGAAGUAGAACACCUCAGGAUUUUGCUUCAUGGGCCAAUUAACGCUGGCAAGUCCAGUUUCAUCAAUUCAGUGGAGACGGCUUUACGAAAUCGAAUGACUGGGCAGGCUUUAGCUGGAGUCGGCCAUGACAGCUUCACAACAAUGUAUAAAACACACAAAAUACAAAAAAGAAAACCUGGGAAUUUCUAUCCUUUUGUCUUCAAUGACAUCAUGGGCCUGGAGAAAGAUCAAGGCAUCUGUGUGGACGACAUUAAACUGGCCAUGAAAGGACACAUGAAAGACGGUUAUGUGUUUAAUCCACAUUCUGCCUUUACAAGUACAGACCCGCAUUAUAACCCCACCCCCACUCUCAGCGAUCGGGCGCAUGUGCUGGUGUGUGUCGUCUCUGCCAGCACCCUCACUCUCAUGAGUGAAACUGAAACCAUGAGCAAGAUGAAACAAGUCUGAACUGCAGCAAGAGACUUGGGGAUUCCUCAAAUGGCCAUUCUUACUAAAAUUGAUGAGGCCUGCCCUGAGGUCCAGGAUUACAUCGGGAACGUCUACAAAAGCAAGUUUAUGAAACAUCAGAUGGAGAACCUAAGUAUGUUCCUGGGGAUUCCUCUAAACUGUAUCUUCCCUGUGAAGAACUACCACUGCGAGAUCUGCAAAGACGAUGCAAUAGAAACACUUAUUCUGAUGGCCCUGAAGCAAAUGAUUGAUUUUGGUGAUGAUUUUGUGAACAACUGUAACCAGUAACUAAGCAUAACAUGAGGUCUCCAAGUCUGCACAUCCAAUCAUAUUAUUUUUGUAAGAAGUGAAACUGCUUUGUCAUCACAUCCUGUGCCUUAUUCUGUUAUUUUUGCAUUUGUGUCAUUUUGUUGAUCAGUUUUAAAUCAUCUUAUCUUA